AUGUCCUUCGUCCCACGCACCGCCUUCCCCGCCGCCACCUCUCUCCCGCGGUCCUACUUCCUCGGCCACCACAAGUCCGGCCUCCAGAAGAUGAAGACGCUGCUCUCCACCAUCGACCUCGUCAUCGAAUGCCGCGACUACCGCGUCCCGCUCACCUCGCGCAACCCGCUCUUCGAAUCCAGCCUCGACGGCAAAGACCGCCUCGUCGUCUACACGAAGCGCGACCUCGGCGGCCCGCCGCGCGACGCACGCAACGAGGAGACGAUUACAAAGUGGCAUGGCAGUGUGCCGGUGAUGUUUGUUCGGAACGCCGGCAGCGACGGCGACGGCGAAGCGGGCAAGCGCAGGAGCGUGGGCAGGCUGCUCGAGUUCCUUAGGGAGCAUGCGCAGAGGAGGUGGAAGCUUGUGGGGCACAGGCUGCUCGUGGUCGGCAUGCCGAAUGUGGGGAAGAGCACGCUGCUCAAUGCACUGCGCGCGCAGGGCGUGGGCAAGGGCAAGGUUGCGCGGACGGGCGCGCAGCCCGGCGUUACGCGGAAGGUUGGCAGCGGGGUUAAGAUUAUCCCGAGUGAGGAUGACGUUGAGGGUAUGGAUGCGAGUAGUAGGAGGAGGUAUAGGGGUGUGGGUGGAGGCGUGUAUUUGGUGGAUACGCCGGGCGUUUUCAUCCCGUAUGUGCCGGAUGCCGAGGCGAUGAUGAAGUUGGCGCUUUGUGGGUCGGUGAAGGAUUCUAUUAUCCCGCCCGUUGUGCUGGCGGAUUACCUCCUCUAUCAUAUUAAUCGCGUCGAUCCGGCACUCUACGCCGAAUACUCGCCGCCUACGAACGAUAUCAUUCCCCUGCUCGAAGCUAUUGCGGGGAGAACGGGAAGGUUGGGGAAGGGGGGUCAGGCGGAUACAGAGGCUUCGGCGCUGUGGAUGAUUCAAAGAUGGAGGACGGGCCAUAUGGGCAGGUUUCUGCUUGAUCAAGUCAGCCCCGAGGCGCUGGAGAAGAGUAGGGCGGAGGAAGAGGCGAUGGUGCCGAGUAUGAAUCAGGCGAGGCGGAUGGAGACGGAGAGGAGGAGGGUGAGGGCGCAGAGUAAGGGGGGAAAGUGA